AUGAUCGGGUUGGUUGGUAGGAAAAAGACACAAGAUGAAAAAGAUGAGAAAAGGAAGAAGGCGGCUAAGGUUGGAGGGUGGGAAAAGGUGUAAAUAACGGGAAAUUUUAAAAAAAAGGGGGGGGGGUCAUUUUGGAACAGAGGGGGGGGGGGGUUAGGCCUAGGCCUAAGUCCAGAUCAUAUGUAAGGCUUAGGUUUAGAACAUUGUGGACCUAGACUAGACUAAAGUUAAAGUGCACAUAAGGUAAGGUUUCAGGUGAAAAGAAAUCAACAGAAGUCAACAACAGAACAUUCAAGAGGAAGAAUUAGCUUAGGUUAGGGUUACUAACGCCCUAACCCUGGGUUAGGAAUAACCUUAAGCUUAGACUCAAAGCCGGAAAUAGGACAAGGUUCUGAGAGACACAAGAAAUUUUUUAAAAGGGUAUUGGGAACUUUUAAUUCGUAACAAAAUUUCGUUUAUUGGACUACAAGUUCAAAUUUAGGCCUAUACGGUCUAUACGGCCUGUACUAUACUGUAAGACCUAUACGGUCUUGGGCUUUAUAAAGCUCAUAUAAAUUAUUGUUGUUAGAACAAUAUGCAAAAGUUAUCCAGGAAAGUGCAAAAAAAUACAUUUUGGUGAAAAAAGGAAAAAAGUGAACACUGGAAAAUGAUGAAUAUUUUAGUAAUCUGCGGGUGCGACAAACAAAAUGACUUUUUUUUUUCGACAAGAGGAAAAUUCCCUGGGGGUUAGAGGGCAGUCUAACUUUUGAGAUAAUUAAUUUUGUGUGUUUUUUGAAAAUGUUCAGAAUCAAUACACAAAUACACAAGACCAAGCGGCUGGCCUAAGCCUAAUGCCAGUCCAAAACGUAAGACUAUAGUCAAUCCUAAGUAUAAACUGACUCAUUACCCUAUUACACAGGUGGAUGGAGUGUGACCCACGGCGGACCCACCGAGGACCAAUGUGGAAAAUUCACCCACGGUGGAUACGUGGUGGGUCCGCUGUGGGUGAGAAUUUGGAAGAAUUUUAUAAAAAACUGUUAAAUGAACUAAAUGUAUUUUUAAGAGUUCCGCUAUGCCUCGGAUGGUGUAAAAAGAGAAUAUAUUGGCUAUAGAAUCAUUUUUCAGUUCUUACUCACUUUCAAGGGUGAAGACACACAUUGUAUAGCAGAGGACCAAAAUAAAAUGUUAUGAAACAUCAAAACUAGUUCUAAAACUCUAUAAAUUUGAUCAGAUUCACUAAAUAAUUGAUUUUCUACUGUUCUCAUCUCUUUUUUCAACUUUAAAGCGUUGCUUCCAUAAUUUUAUGAAUUUUUGCAAAAUGUUGGGGUACUGUAGUUCGAGAUGUGUGUAGUGGCAUUUAAUCUGACGCGCACUUAUUUUUAUUUUUUCGUUUUUUUGGGCCAAACGUUUUUUUUAUGUUUUUUGGUGUUUUUUGCGGAUUUUCCCAUCACCUGCUCAUGGUUAUAGUACUAAAUGAUAUUUAAAGUAGUCCUUAUAUAGUUUCAGAAGUAAAAAGUAUGUAAAAGUAGCAAAUUUUAGGAUAUUAGGGGAAAAUAUUCUAUUUUUUUCAAUUACAUUAUUUUCACCGAAUACUCUGUUUAAACCAAGGUUUUCUUGAUUUUUGUUCUACAUUCGUCUCCUUACCAUUAAUUUUUGGCAUAAUUUUGCAGAUUCAUAGUUCGUGACUUUGUCUACAACGAGGCACUGCUGAGAGCCGGAAAAACAGAAGAAAAUAAUGAAACAAAUUGUAUAUUCAGAUGGGUCUGCUGGUACCACCUGAUGUAAGUUUGAAUAAACGACUUUUGAAAUAUAUUUUUUCAAUUAUUUAUUUCAUUGCAGACAUUGGAAGAUUCACCAGCUCUUCUAUCACUUGGACUCAACAUCUUCUCGGCUACCAGUAUUCAGAACUAAUGGUAAGGAUUCAACAUUCUAACAAUUUUAUAUAUUUAUCAGUUAUAUAUUUUUCAGUCAAUCUUACCUCCGCCUGGACCGACUUGGAUGAAUUUUGGAAGACUAGCGUUCACCAAGAACAUAAAUCACCGACUUCGCUCAAUAUGGUCAAUAUUUUUUAG